AAGACGGAGCGUUCUGGAAGUCGGCUCUGGAUCCUCCCUCCUCACGCCCAGGCUUGGUGCCCUCACAUCCCGGCAACGGCUACUCCUCUGCACACAGAGACGCAGCCUGACCCCCGGCACAGAGCAUGGGAAGCCGCCUGUGAGUGCUGGAGCUCUUGCAUGCUGCCUGUGAGUAGCAGCCGAUAAUGCUGAACAUGAAACUACCCCAGAGGAAGAGCAAGCACAAGGCAUCCGACGAAGAGGAAGAUGAGGAGGAGCGGCUGCCAACCGCUGGCAUAUGUUCCGAGCCCUGUACUGGCCCGGCGGGCGGCUCCCUGCAGCGGGAGGCGGUGUACGAGUGGUUCGUGCAGUGCCUGGGUCCGGCGGAGAGGCUAGAGAUGGCCUGCGGGCUCAUGGAUCUCUGUAACCCGCUGGAACUGCGCUUCCUGGGUUCCUGUCUGGAGGAUCUGGCCCGCAAGGACUGCCACUACCUGCGGGACUGCGAGAGCCGAGCUAACGGUCUGGGCGGAGAGUCUUCAACCGGCAUCCAGCAGGGGGACCUGUCCGACCCUACGACUCGCUCGCGGCUCAUCGUCUACCUGGCCUUGUUGAACUCCGAGAACCGGGAGAUGGCAAGCAGACUAUAUCGCCUCUUACUGUCUCCAGCGGCCGGGGUUGAGGAGCUGCUAGGGUGCUGGGAACAGGAGGACGAGCGGGAUCCCGAGGAUGCGGACCCUGCCCGAGAGGAGCUGCUGCUUCUCUUCACUAUGGCCUCACUACACCCGGCCUUCUCCUUCCACCAGCGGCUCACGCUGCGGGAACAGCUGGAACGGUUCCGAGAGUCUAUGCACGACAGGAGCCGGCUGCAGGAGAAUGUCCAUGAAUAUUUAUCGAGCACUGAGAAUCGGAAAAUGGAGAACAGUGCUCCCGCUCACAAUGGGGUUACCAUUACGUCUCACAAGCUCCAGCGAGAAGCUGUACAUAUUGAGAAAAUCACUUUUAAAGGUGUACAGAGAAAAAGGGCUGACAAGAAUUUAGAGUACACUUUUAAGGUUACCUGGUCAGACCUCUCAGUGACAUCUGUGACCAAGUCACACCAGGAGCUACUUGAAUUCCUUUUAAUGCUUCCCAAGGAACUGUCCAGUGAAGCUUUUGAUAAGACAAUUCUGCAUGCGCUAAAUCUUGGCUCCCAGAAGAGAGAUGAUCGUCGUUCCACAGACCUGGAGCCUAUUAUCAGGCAGAUAUUCUCAUCUCAGUCGCAGACCUUCUUGCAAAAUCAGCGAGUACAUAAAUUCUUCCAGGUGUCCAUAGAAUCUGGACGUUCUCACAAUAAUUUACUGGCUCCUGCUAAGGCAUGCAAAAACACAGAACUUUUCAAAGAAGAUAGCUCAGAGGCUUCCAGUCAGGAUGAAGAUGUACUGCAGCACAUGACAAUCCACAAGAAAUGUCCCGUUUCAAACACUGUGGCUCCCAAAAGCAGUCCUUUGAACCGGCUUCACAUGCAGCAUUGUGAACAAAAUGGCGGCAUGGAUUGGAGGAAAAAAGCCAGUCCUGAAUCUCCACAUCAUGAGCACUACAAAACCUCAGGGCACCAGCAUAUCAUUGAAAAAGGUCGUUCGUUUGGGGCAGGCACGGUGUCCUCAUCAGAAAGAAAUGUCGUGGAGAAGAUUGACAGCAGAUCAGUUUGUAGGGCGAACGGCAAUAAGUCAGCUCAAGUUCCGAGGACCGGUGUUUUGAAAGAGCCCCCAUUGGAGGUUGGGUCUGGGCAUGAAACUUGUGGAGAAACCUCUUCGGAGAGCUACAGUUCCCCCUCUAGUCCUCGCCAUGACAGGAGAGAGAGCUUUGAAAGUGAAGAAGAGAAAGACCGAGAUACUGAUAGUAACUCUGAGGACUCUACAAAAAAUGGCGUUUCCCGUUUUAGCCCGUUUGGUACUGUCAACCCAUCACCCUCUGGUCUGUCUGCACCUGUAAGCUACAGAGGUGAAAGAGUUUUGGAUGAGUCAGUGAAUACUUCCAAGUUUCCUCACAUUCCUAUCUUGCCUGCAUUACACUGCGUGGUUCACAAUGGUGCAGAGAAAAUGGAAACUGUCAUCUCCCCCACAAUCGCGACAGAUAUGAAAGCAGUAGGCGCACUAGUCAGUUCGGUCUCUAUGUCCCCAGGGAGGGAAGCGUUUCACCAGUGCACGCUUGGCCUGCCAUCUGGUGCCUCUCCUAUUGGGGAGUCAGAAAAGCAUGCCGACAUACUGACUUCAUCUCUACAUGGGUCACCUGCCUUCCUCCCACGGAACUGUCAGCCCAGUAAUCCAUCCUUGCACUUACCAAUUCACAGACUAAAAAUGCCAUCUCAGGGGCAAUCAGAAACCUGUACAGUGAAUGGAUCGACGCAGACUGGCUUGAGCCUUGGGUCUCCAAAUGCUGGCUUUGUUUCAGCUCACAGUCCUGGAGGGUUUCCAGCAACAGUUUCAGACUCUCUUUCUAAACCCGUUUCACAAGUAGUAGGUCUCAAUCAGGGAGUGCCACAUAUAGAUGCAAAUGUUGGAACAAUGCCUCCACCAACAAAUUUAAAGUUGGUUUUGCCAGCCAAUAACAUCUCUCAGUCUCUGCCAUCAGUCCCUUACAACUUGUCUGGGGCACCCCUUGCAGGUGUAUUGGCCGCUCCAAACACUAAUGUGCUAAAUUCUUCUGCUGUUCCUCCCCAGUCUCAGCCAACCAAUGUUGUUAUGGGUCAAGUACAAGCUGCCAUUCCACCUGCUGUUCCUACUCACACCCCUGGGCCAGCACCAAGUCCAAGUCCUGCGCUAACCCACAGUACUGCCCAGAGUGAUAGUACUUCCUUUAUCAGUACUGCUGUCGGCAACACCAGCACAAACGGCUCAAUCCCGCCACCACAGCAGUUGGGUCCAGGUCCUUGUGGCUCGUGUGGGCGCAGAUGUGGCUGUGGGAAUGCUGGAGGAGUGCCAAUGGGCAGUUACUAUUACACCAACCCAUUGCCUGGGCAGGUGUACAGAGUUAAUCCAUUCUUUUCUUUGCCCUCAAUUUGUAAUGGCACCUACCUCAACCAAGCACAUCAGAGCAGUGGAACACAACUUCCUUUCUUCCUGCAUCAAGCUCCCUACACAAAUGGACUGAUGCAUGACCCGGUACUGGGGGGACAGGCGAACUAUGCCAUGCAGCAGAUACCCGGUUUCCCGAGAUUUUAUUCAAUGUACCCAGCACCUAAUGUUUUAGCCAGCUCUAAUGGAUCAGGGCCCAAGAAAAAUGGGAAUAUCUCUUGCUACAACUGUGGCUUAACUGGGCAUAUUGCACAGGACUGUAAACAGCCCCCGAUGGAUGCCAAUCAGCAAGGAAUUUACAGGCUGAGGUUUGCAUCUCCCCUCCCCCCUUCCCAUGAUACCCUGGAUUCUGCUGACUGAAACCAGUCCACAAAAAAAUGUAAUAAAUGACUGUGUCUACCUGUAAACGUUUACGGUAUGGAAGUCUGUUCACCUUUAAUGCUGUUUAUUGAUGAUAAACCUUUUGCCACCACUUUUAAAGGAAGGAAGAAAGAAAAAAACAAAAAAAAACCUGUUAACUGUGCCAUUAAAAGUAACUCCUGGACGAUUAUGUGUAUUUAAACUGCUUCUGUGCAUUAUUGGACACAUCUUUACAUAAGAAGAAAAGCAA